CCCCAUCCGAUCCACGUGAUGCAUACUGCGGUUGUACGUGAACUUUCCCAAUCCGAGUACAAGUGGUGUAUACAGCGGCCCAGAGAAGUUUUUAACGGUGGGUAGUCAAUCACCGCUGUUUCCUGCGAUGUGGUCCACCUAAGAUUUGGAUCUGCUUCAAUUUUAGCAUCAUGCCCUAAAAUGAGCUGUCAAAACGUAUGGACGGCGUGGAUAUAAGUCACACACACAUCACGGUGGGCCCCACAGUCACGGAUCCACCGAAGCCGGAGCCGAAGCUGCUCCCUCUUUACUCUGCCUGGUGUUUACGUUUACGACGGGAGCGCUAACGGCGCAAGAUAGCUAGAUCCCUUCGCCGUUGCGAAAAAAUCAUGUGCCUCCCGACGUUCGCUCGCCGUUCUUCUAAUCUUCUCGAAGUCCUUUCCAUCAUUCGACAUUUCAGCUCUUCAAAUUACUAUUUUUCUUUCCACCCUGAACAAACGACGAAAUUACGAAGAAACCACAACCCUGAUAUCUUGAAUUUCGAUCCUCGACCAAUCAAUGUAAAAAUAACUAGCCUCUGUAGAUGCCGUAAAAUCAAAGAAGCGCGGAAACUGUUUGAUGAAAUGCCCCAGCGAGAUGCCUUUUCUUAUGCUUCGAUGAUCACCGUUUAUCUCAAGAAUGGCGAUCUCCAGAAAGCCGAAAAGCUCUUCCAAGAGAUGCCCGAAAGGAAUGUUGUAGCCCAGUCGGCGAUGAUCGACGGCUACGCGAAAGCAGGCUGGAUAGAUGAGGCUCGACGGGUUUUUGACGAAAUGCCGGAGAGGAAUGUGUUCUCAUGGACGAGUUUGAUUUCUGGGUAUUUGAGAAUUGGGCAAGUUUGUGAAGCUCGUUGGCUUUUCAAUCAAAUGCCCAUAAAGAACGUCCAUUCGUGGACGGCGAUGGUUUUGGGCUAUGCUCGGAAUGGUUUGAUUGCCGAAGCACGGGAAAUUUUUGAUCAAAUGCCGGAGAAGAAUGUUGUUUCUUGGACCAGUAUGAUCAAAUCUUACGUAGAUAAUGGUAUGGUGGAUGACGCUCGUAAGCUGUUCGAUGAGAUGCCCCACCGAAAUUUAUACUCAUGGAAUACAAUGAUUUUGGGUUGUUUAGAUGACGGGCAAACAGCCCAAGCUAUCCAAUUGUUUGAAUUAAUGCCUCAGAGGAAUGUGAUUUCUUGGACGACCAUGGUUACAGGUCUGUCUCGGAACGGAUCAAUAGAAAUUGCACGAGAAUUCUUCGAUCGAAUGCCACAAAAGGACAUCGCAGCAUGGAAUGCAAUGAUCACGGCAUGUGCAGAUGAUGGACGCAUGAUCGAAGCGAGCGAGCUUUUUAAUUCAAUGCCUGAAAGGAAUGUGGUAACUUGGAAUGCGAUGAUCGAUGGGUAUGCAAAAAAUGGGCCUGAGAAGGAAGCGAUGAUUCACUUGGUUCAUAUGCUUCGCUCGAGCAAUAGGCCAAAUGAAACUACAUUCACUAGCGUAUUAACUGCUUGCGAGGGUGGAAGCGAAGUAACGCAAGCUCAUGCACACGUUAUACUGCUCGGCUUCGAGUCUGAUACUUCACUAACUAAUGCACUGAUCACAAUGUAUUCUAGGAGUGGGGAUGUUGGCUCAGCCCAGUUCGCUUUUGAGAGGCUCAUGGGCAAGGACAUUGUGUCAUGGACGGCUAUGAUCUUAGCAUACUCUAACCAUGGGUGUGGCAACCGCACACUGUGUAUCUUUGCACGUAUGCUGCGGGCCGGGGCUGAGCCCGAUGGGGUCACAUUCAUUGGCGUCCUAUCAGCUUGUAGCCGUGCAGGCCUUGUCAAGAAGGGUAAACUGAUCUUCAGCUCAAUGAGUCGAGCCUACGGCUUAGAGCCGAAGGCCGAGCACUACUCUUGCCUGGUCGACCUUUUGGGCCGAGCAGGCCUCGUCGAUGAGGCAAAGACUGUAGUCAGUCGAAUGCCACCCAGUGAGCGGGAUGGGGCUGUUUUAGGGGCAUUGCUCGGCGCGUGCAAGCUGCAUGGGGACGUCGAGGCAGCAGCCCAAGUAGGCGAGGAGCUGAUCAAGCUCGAGCCCGGCGGCUCAGGUGCAUACAUGCUGCUGGCCAACGUGCAUGCCGGGCGUGGGAAGUGGGAUGAUAUGGCACUUGUGAGGAAGAAAAUGAAGGAGAGGAAGGUGAGAAAAGUUCCUGGUUUUAGUCAAAUUGAAGUUAAGAAUAGAUAUCAUGUGUUUUUUGUGGGGGAUAGGGCUCACCCUCAGGUGAAAGAAAUAUAUGAAAUGUUAGAACAAGUGCUGCUACCACAAAUGAAGGAUAGGAGAUACUUGCAAAUGGUCCCAUCUUUUACUUUUAAGAAUUGAAGGGAAAAUUGUAGUAAUUCACACUAAUACAACUCAAUUUUGCACUAUUAAAUACCUAGUGUCCAGCUUUUA